AUGGAAACGAGGAUGAUCAAAAGUGACCUCAUAACGAGAGUAUUGGCAUCUCGCUCAAAGUAUUCUCUCUGGAAGACGCUCAUCGUAUUACUCAUUGGAAUGUCGGUGAAUCUCCUCAUUCUGUAUUUCAUUCGCCGCUUUAACUCCAGAGAUAAGGGCGGGCGACACAGACACCGGCGUAGUAGUAAGGGCAGUUCCAGGUCGGAUCAUAAAAGACGGAAUGAUGGAAAGACAAAGUCUAAUGAUCCCAAUGUACUUCUUCUACUUGGUAUUCCAGGUAGUGGAAAGACAACAUGGAUGACGCAAUAUCUAGAACGGUGUGAUCAUUCCUACACUAUUGUAAGUGCAGAAGCACUUCGAAUAAAACUAACUGGUAAGCCAGACGACUUUUCACGGGAAGAAGAAGUACGUGAAAGUAUGAUAAAUGAUGUUGUAAAUCUUUUAAAAGAGAAGCAUAAUGUUGUUCUUGAUGAUAGCUUAAGUGCCAUGGAUGAAACAUUUCGCCGCCGCAUUGUGGAUGAGUCACCAACGUGUAAUCGAUAUGUGAAGAGUUUCCCUAUUAAAGCUAUCUUCGCACGUCCACGUCUGUUAAAAGAUAUAGCGGAAGGCAAAAUACAUUUGUGUCCAUCUAAAAUAGAGCUAGAAGAAAUGGAGAUUGCUUUUGACAAGGCGCAGGAACUAGUGAAGAAGGAAGGAUGGCAAGAACUUAUGGAAUCAACGUAUUCACACUCAAAACGUUCGAGAUAA